GAUUCCCUCUACGAGAAGUUUAGCGCCCUCUCUGCCACUGAGGGACAGAAGCACCUGAGAGAGGAAGGGGUCUUCCUGGAGACCUACUCAGUGCGGCACGGCCCCGAGCCCGUCACGGAGGCCUCGGUGGAGUACCUGCAGGAGAUGGCCAGGAUCCGCCUCUGUCUCGACAGGGCAUCUGACCUCCUCUCCGGGCUCCAGGAGGGCUCAGAGGUGGCCGAGGACAAGCAGCGUUACCUCCGGCAGGUAGAGCGCUUCUGCAGGCAGGUGAGAAACGACUGGUACCGGGUGUACCUGGUGCGGAAGCUCACCAGCCUGCGGGGCAUGGAGUUCGUGCAGCGCCUCUCCAGACCCGGCCACCCGGCGCGCUGGCUGUUCCCCCAGGCGGUCCUGGAGCAGCAG